AUCGGUGGUCAAACAACUUGAAAACGGGGAAAUCACGAGAAGAGACCGAGAACAUGCCCUGUCUAUCCGUUUAAUAGGUUAGUAAGUGUGGUUCGUUCUCUCACACUAAGUCUAAAUGAACUGUACGUAGCGGGACACUUUUGUGAGCUUGAGUCGAGCUUUGGACAUCAUUGUCACACAGUCAGUGGAUGGACAGUUCAGUCAGUGGUUUUACUUGUGCUAUGCUCCGAGUUGCCGAAUACCAUUGAAAGUGUCAACAUCGUGGCACCGCAUCAUAGUUCAGUGACGGAUGCGAGUGAAGCAUGCCCAUGGCCAUGGCGUUGCCCAAAUCAUCUCAAGGAACUUAUCGACAUCAGAGUCAAAACUUUUUUCCACUUGGAAGGCCACAUGCUUUACCUUCACCCAUGGAGACUUGGGAACAACACCAGAGAUUGGCCAGGUCUCAACCUCAAGUGAAUUUACAUGAUUUACCGAACUCUUCUCACCAUGUAGGCAGGAGAAUCCUUCCUUUACCUGGUGGAAGUGGAGGGAACACCUUGCUCGGCGAAUCCAAGUUUAGCAGUCCCCUUUGCUCCACUUCAGUGACGUCUGGCGGACAAGCUAGGCCAGUCAGAUCCAGCACAGUGUCUAGAACAGCUGUCAAGUCAGGCGGUACAGGUGAGCUGGCCUCACCAUACUCCAAUCACCAGCAUCAGUAUCCUCUGCCUCCAAAGCUAUUGCAGCCCCAACAGCAGCAUUGCAAUAAUAAUAUCAAGCAAGAUGGGCACGAAUCUGAUACGGUGCGGAAUGUACGGAUGCUACUAGCCAAGCAUCAAAGUGUUCCAGAUCUCAGUCAGCAACCGAUGGAACAAGGUGACACUACCGAGGAUAGUGGCCGGAUAAUUCAAGAAUCCUCGCUCACUUCAAGUGAGACCCAAUCUGACCCUUACUUGUCCUCAUCAGCUUUACCGGGUGAUAGUUUUCCGGCAACGGGUCAGCAACUCAUGGCGGCCAGUUUGGAGCAAGAGAUUGAUGAUCUGGAUGAGGAUUCCGAGCAAGAACUCUUACGACAUCUGAGCCAGAGUCAGGCCCGGAUGGAACAGAUCAAGAGGAUGCUUGUCAACCAAAGAGGUUUUAUUGUACAGGCCCUCAAACAAUUGGCUGAAAGCACGACGACAUCGGAGAGGCGAUCCAAUGGCGAUUCGUGCCAUAACUGUUCCACAGACCCCGAAGAGAUGGAUCCGGCGGAAAGAGACAGGACAAUUGGGAGUUCUAUGAAAUAUGCCGCUGCUACAAAAAGUCUUCCCAAGUCGCAGAUCAAUGAAGAACCCGAGAAACUUCACGAGCACGUGGGUGGGAAAUUAUGCCCAAUGUGCGAAGCUGCAUUUCCAGAUGAUAUUGACGAGGAGAUCUUUGAGAGUCACGUGGUCGAACACUUUUGCUACGAAGAUGCCGAUACCUUGAAAUAUGUCCCCAUUGACGAACUGUCUCCCUAGAUAAGAAUGGAUCUCCAGCGUUGCUUCAAUACCAAAGAUGUUACUUCUUAUAUAAGCUUCUAAAGAAUAUACCUACUGGAAUGAUAUGAGUAAUAAAGGCAGAAUAUUUAACCUCGA